AAGUGUGCUCUGGCGCACCGGAAGCCGUUGGAAGAGAGCGAUGGCGGGUUUGACUGUGAGAGACCCUGCGGUGGAUCGUUCUCUACGUUCGGUGUUUGUGGGGAACAUUCCAUAUGAGGCUACUGAAGAGCAAUUAAAGGACAUCUUUUCUGAGGUUGGACCUGUUGUUAGUUUCAGGUUGGUAUAUGAUAGGGAGACAGGAAAGCCAAAAGGUUAUGGCUUCUGUGAAUACCAAGACCAGGAGACAGCACUUAGUGCCAUGCGAAACCUAAAUGGGCGCGAAUUCAGUGGGAGAGCACUUCGAGUGGACAAUGCUGCCAGCGAAAAGAACAAAGAAGAGCUGAAGAGCCUUGGCACUGGUGCCCCUGUCAUUGAGUCACCUUAUGGAGAGACCAUCAGUCCUGAGGAUGCCCCUGAGUCCAUUAGCAAAGCAGUUGCCAGUCUUCCACCAGAGCAGAUGUUUGAGCUGAUGAAACAAAUGAAGCUCUGUGUCCAGAAUAGUCCUCAGGAAGCACGGAACAUGUUGCUUCAGAACCCUCAACUGGCUUAUGCUUUGCUACAAGCCCAGGUAGUGAUGAGAAUUGUGGAUCCAGAAAUUGCCUUGAAAAUUCUGCAUCGCCAGACAAAUAUCCCAACACUGAUUGCAGGCAACCCUCAGACGGUCCACAGCGCCGGACCUGGCUCAGGAUCCAAUGUGUCGAUGAACCAGCAGAAUCCUCAGGCCCCUCAGGCCCAGUCUUUGAGUGGAAUGCAUGUCAAUGGCGCACCUCCUCUGAUGCAAGCUUCUCUACAGGCUGGAGUUGCAGCACCAGGGCAGAUACCAGCCACUGUAACAGGACCUGGGCCUGGUUCCUUAGCUCCUGGAGCAUAUAUUGUUCCUUUGAGGAAAACAGAAUUAUUGCUACGUGGGAAGGACCAGACAAGGACUUAUGGAGGAAUGCAGGCCCAGGUUGGAAUGCCAGGAAGUGGACCAGUGUCCAUGGAGCGGGGACAAGUGCCGAUGCAAGACCCCAGAGCAGCUAUGCAGCGUGGGCCCUUGCCUGCCAACGUCCCAACUCCUCGAGGUCUGUUGGGAGAUGCUCCAAAUGACCCACGCGGAGGCACUUUACUUUCUGUAACUGGAGAGGUAGAGCCUAGAGGUUACCUGGGACCACCUCAUCAGGGUCCGCCCAUGCACCAUGUCCCUGGCCAUGACAGCCGUGGCCCACCCCCACAUGAGAUGCGAGGAGGGCCGUUAGCUGAGCCCAGACCUCUAAUGGCAGAGCCAAGAGGACCCAUGCUAGAUCAGAGGGGUCCACCAUUGGAUGGCAGAGGUGGAAGAGAUCCCCGAGGCAUAGAUGCACGAGGGAUGGAGGCACGAGCCAUGGAGGCAAGAGGAUUAGAUGCUAGAGGAUUGGAAGCCCGUGCGAUGGAGGCCCGUGCAAUGGAGGCUCGUGCAAUGGAGGCCCGUGCAAUGGAGGCCCGUGCAAUGGAAGUCAGAGGAAUGGAGGCCAGAAGCAUGGAUACAAGGGGCCCAGUCCCAGGCCCUAGAGGCCCUAUACCUAGUGGAAUCCAGGGUCCCAGUCCAAUUAACAUGGGGACAGUUGGCCCCCAGGGAUCCAGACAGGUCCCAGUCAUGCAGGGAGCGGGCAUGCAAGGAGCGAGCAUUCAGGGUGGAGGCCAGCCUGGUGGCUUUAGUCCUGGCCAGAACCAAGUCACUCCGCAGGACCAUGAGAAGGCUGCUUUGAUCAUGCAGGUUCUUCAACUAACUGCAGACCAGAUCGCCAUGCUGCCUCCUGAGCAGAGGCAGAGUAUCCUGAUCUUAAAGGAACAAAUACAGAAAUCUACUGGAGCGCCUUAAAAGGUUUUCAAAACUACCUGGCAACAAAUCUGGAAAUUAAUUCCAUAACUUUGUUGAAAUGUUGCAAAAAGAAGAAUUCUGCAUCCUAACCCUUGAAUGACUCAAAUUGGUGCCAGGUGGAGGACUCCCAUCACCUUCUCUCAGAACAAAAUCAGUUCAUUCUGUUGACUUAGUUUGUAUGUUUUCUGUGACUUGAAAUAAACUUUGAACACAAUUUUAGUAUACUGCAAAUUGAUAUACAUGACCUUUUUGCUUUUAAAAGGCUGAACACCAAGGGUGAAACCUUACAUGUGUUUUCUACCCUUACUGCAGUAUUGUACUUUAAUAUUAUGUUGCCAUAGCUCUGUUUUUCCUUUUAAGUUAACCAUUUAUUCUUCUUGAUGAUAUUUGAGAAUUUCUCAGAAACAGUGUUUUCUGGAACUUAGUUCUGCUUAGUUUGCUUCCAACAGGAAUAAUAUUUGCCCUUUGAGAGCUUGCUAGAACUUCUGAGUCUACUGGGAGACAAUAGCAUGUGCUUAGAGCUGUAAAAUGGUCAGAAGGCCAACAAUGCAAAGAGCCUACCUAGGAGAGCAGUGUAUUUAGUUUAGAAAAAUCCAAAUAUCAAAAUGUAUUUUUUGGUCAGUACCAAGUCUAUUCACAUGCAUAGUUCAGAGUUAAGACAAAGAUGAUGUAUGAUCACUGGUUUGAGUGUGUCAACAACACAAGAAACUGUUGACAUUUUCUUGUCUGUUUUAAAACUCUUAAGUCUGGGUAGUCAACCUUAAAAGUUAAGAAAGCCACUAAUUUUUCACAUGUUCAAGGUGAAAUAAACACUGAACAGAAAUCAAACAAACAAAAUACAUUUCAUCCUGCCUUCUAAAUAAUUACUAACCUACAGCCCUACCCAGUGACCAAAUUUAUUCUGGGAAACUAAAACAUAGAAACUCUAAAACUUUUACAUUUUUCUCAUUUAUUUUAAGAGGACCAAAUGUAGAGCAUAAGCUGUGAGAUUGCCCUUUAGGCCUGCCCCUGCCUGCUUCCUUUCAAACAGGUGUGAACAUAAUCAGUGCCACUGGCUCUAACCUAUUGCUCUUCCAGCCUAGUAUUCUCUCUCAUAGUGGCAUUAAGGAGAAACAUGAUUUCUCUCCAUCAGGCCAACCUCAAGAGGUUAAGAGGUGCCUUAAUAAUUAGUAAAGUUCCACUGGAACUACUCCUGAGCCUAUUUAUGUUCACAGAGUCCUAGCCUCUGGGUUAGGAUUAUGGUCAAGUGAAUUAAAAGCCUGCCAUAGGCUUAGAGAAUGUAAUAGCAUAUUGCUUACCUGUGAAGCAAAAGAAUGCAAAGAUAAUCAACUUUAUGAGAGACAUUAAAAUUGAGGGAUUUUCUACUCUGAUAUGUAAACAUUUACUGCAACAAAAAUUUGCUGAAUAAGAUAUUUGAUAUUACAACCUAGGAAGAAAAACUUGCUCAAAACAGCUGAGGAGCUUUCUAGGUAUCUUGCUCAUCCCCAGUUCAGGCUUAGAUGUUGAUUAUGUGUAGGAUUUAUUAUCAUUACCUUUUCUGCCUACUUCCAUGAACAUUCUAGGCCUUGAUAUGUUGAUUUUAGCAGCAGUCAUAUCUUGAAGUGUCAAUAUAUUUAGACAUUAAGACCAAGAGUACAGCCUUUCUCCUUAGGAACUCAUUAUAAGUUUCAAGAACACUAAGAUUCCAAAUCAAACUCACUGAAGAUCAAAUUAUAAUUUGGUCAACAGUUGUCUAGUAGGAACCAUAUCAUCAAGGUUCCAUUGUGCAUGUUCCUAAAGCCUUAUUAAAUUUAAAUUAGCUGAAAUCCGGGAAAUUGGUAACAGCAGGGGUAUCCCAAUCUAUUCCCAUGGAAACAUCCAUUAGUAUUUUUUCCUGAUGUCCAGUUAAUAAAUGAAACACAAUUAGCUACCAUGAGUUCAUGACCUACCUUUAUUUUGUUCAAACUAGUGACUGAAAAGAUUGGUUUUACUAAUCUUUCAAGUCAUGUAGGUUUCUGGAUAAUUAGAAACAAUCAUUUAUUCAUUUUUGCUCACUUAAUGGUAGAGAAAUAGGUGCUAUAAUGUUGAUUCAGUAAAAACAUUCUUGUAAAUCCAGUGAUUUGAAUUGUCUUUGGGCACAAAGAAAUGUGGAUUAUUUUUCCUCUUUUAAGGGCCCCGAUCUUCUUUCGUUCUACUGUUUCACUGUGACUACUGACAUCCCAGAGCCAGGUGAAUGGAAUAAAUAAAAAGCAUUUCAAUAGGAGAAAGAAAAGGCAUUUUGCUGAUGUCAUUAGGUGAAUGAUUCCUUAAUGAAUGGGUAUAUAUGAGCCAAAAAA